AUGUAUUUUGAAAUUGUUCAUCGACCAAUUAAUGAUUAUUGUCCGAAAAUAACAAUAACACCAGUAUCAAGUACAAUAGUAGUACUAACACUGAUUGAACCGACUUUAUCAAUAAAUACACCUAUUUAUGUUAUACUUGGUAUUGCAUCACUGACACGAAGUUUUCAAAUUUGUACCGAUGAAUCAUAUAUAAUUGAAUGUUCAAAUGAUUAUGUUAUCGCAAUUACAACAAAUAUAUAUGGUGUCACUUCAUCAGAUCAAUGUGAAAGACACAAUGCAAUUAAACAUUGUGUUAUUACAACAAAUCCACUAUUUUUAUGUCAUCAAACAUGUCUUCAUAUCAAUAGUCCAUGUCGAAAUGAUGGUUCAAAAACAACUAUUCACGUUGAUUGUACUGGUCGAUUUCAAAGUUAUAAUUAUCCAACUUUAACACCAAUGAAUUAUGCAUAUCGAUUAAAAACUAAACCUGGUUAUCUAAUGCAUCUAUAUGCAUUAGAUAUUAGUUUAAAUCAUUAUGUAGCUGAUGGUAAAUCAAAUAAGAUAACAUUUAUUGAAGAUAAUGAAAAUCAAGGUUUAGAUUUUUCUGAACAACGAACACAUAAUUUCAUUUAUUCAAGUUGUUUAAAUGAACUUGAUUUACGUUAUCAGAUAACUGAUGCUUCACAAAUGUUUUCCUAUGAAGAAGAAGGGGUUUUAUCAAUAUCAACUAAUUCAACACUUAUUCAUACAACACCAAAAACACCACAAACAAUAUUGUUAACAAAUGUUUCAUUUAUAGGUUCACUUGAUGAAAUUGAAUAUGAUAUAUGUUAUGGUGACACCUUAACUCGUACUUGUCCAUCUGGAUAUAUAUUUAUGAUACUUGAUAUAUAUUAUGGUGUUAAAAGUCAAACAUCAAAUAAAUGUGGAUUUGUUCAGGAUGAUUGUGUACAAGAAACAACAUCAACAAUAACGCAAUGUCAGCAUGAUUUACUUAGUUGUUGUUUAUCCUAUUCAACUAAACGUCGAUUAGCUCAUUAUCGACCACCAAAUGCAACAAUGCUUCAAAAUCUAACUGAUCCAUGGUGCUUAUUAACGAAUAAUUUUGAUAAAGAUCAUCAAUGGGUUUUUUGUGAUAUAGAUGUUACAGAUUCAACAUUUUAUGAUAUAUGUCGAAGUCAAUUACAAACACUUAAAUGUUCAUCUAGUUAUAUUAUUGAUAUAAUAACUGCUGACUAUGCAGCUAAACCAGAUGGAAUUACAGGAACAAUGUCAUGCAUUUAUAAUUAA